AGCGAAGGGUUGUUGUGUUUCUGUUGGAGUGACUUCACACUGCUCUACAGCUCUGUCCAGUCCACACUGCUCUACAGCUCUGUCCAGUCCACACUGCUCUCUACAGCUCUGUCCAGUCCACACCACUCUCUACAGCUCUGUCCAGUCCACACUGCUCUCUACAGCUCUGUCCAGUCUACACGGCUCUCUACAGCUCUGUCCAGUCCACACGGCUCUCUACAGCUCUGUCCAGUCCACACUGCUCUCUACAUCUCUGUCCAGUCUACACGGCUCUCUACAGCUCUGUCCAGUCUACACGGCUCUCACCAGCUCCAAGAGAAAGAGACUGGUAUAGUUUCUCCUCUCCACAAAGAUGAACCUCUUCUGCUUCUCUCUGGAGGGUUCUAUGGACAGUCUGUAUGAGGCUGUGCAGGACUCCAGUGAUGCCCAGGUCUACACCAUCCCCAGCCGUUCCUCCAGCCGCUCCUGUAGCCUUGCCAUGCUGCUAGAUGAAAACCCCAAGUUGCGUGGCUCGGGACGAUCCAUUUCCAUGGAGAUUUCCCAAAUGCAGACCAACAACACCAAAAAAAUUAAAAGAAUAACACAUGUAUCCAAAUCAGCACCAGAAAACAGAACUUUAGAUCAAGCCUCUGCCGUCUGCAAUAGUGCUCUCUGGCUGCCAGCCAAAAUCCCCCCAGAAGAAGAUUUAGAUUUAGGCCACAUCAAGAACAAUCAAAAUGAAGAGAUGAUCAAGCCCAUGGUCAGAACUGAGAUCCAGGCCAAAGCCACGAUCAGAACCGAUGUCAGGACCAAAAAGGGAAGAGGAGGACGCAAGUCGAGCAUGAAGAAGAAUGAAAAGUCACCAACCCCACCAAUACCACCAACUCAGGUGGUGAGUUACGAGGGAUGGGCUCAGAAUGCAGAUCUGCCCAACAGCAGGCAGAGAGACCUGAAUGUCCAUGCCAACAGGGAAGUGGCCAAGCCCAGAGUUCCCAUCAAAAAGAGUCAAAAGCCUGGAAGUCAGAAGACUGGGAAGAAAGGGAAUGCAAAAAAUGGAAAAGAAGGGGCCAAGAAAAAUCAGGACACCUCAAGGAAUAAGGAACUCAGAAAAUGUACCACAGACAAUGACACUUAUGCCUUCUUCUCGGGUCUCCACCCAGCAGGGCCCAUCCCAGUGAAAGCGGGACCCUAUCUGGAUGUAGUCCGGAGGUCAGCUCCUGUUUGUAAGUCUGUACUAACAGCAGCCCAGGAGAAUUCUACCCUACCCCCGGUGGCCAUGGAGCUGAGGACCGGGCCUGGAGGCCCUGGAGCUCCUCCCAGAAACCAGCGCUGGAGUAACCCAGCCGAGAACGCUCCAGAUUGGGGGACCUCCUACCACAUCUGCCGCAGGCCCCUCACAGAGUACCCCGUUUAUACCCAUGACUACACCCUGCCCCGGGCCAAGGCCUGGGACAAGCACCAGGGGCUGGCCCAAGAUGCGAGCCUGAAACGGGACCCCUCGCCCCAGGGUGUCGCCCUCUCUGUUACUGAUGUGAAACUAUGCGACCGCAAUCGCUCCACUAGUUUUGGGCGAUUUGAGGGCAUCAGACAACCAUCACCAGCCAGACUAGAGGAAAAUGGAACAACAGUGGCAGAGGAGUCUGGAUGUGAGAGUUCUGAUCAGACCAAACAAGGCAGCCUGGGGAAGAAGAUGAAGGCCAUCUCUCUGACCAUGCGCAGGAAGAUGGGCAAGAAGCACUCCAAAAUCUUCUCUGAGGAAGCUGGUGAAGACACUGACAGAGACCUAGAAGAGGAAACAGAGUGCAGUCCUCUAGAGAAAGGCUCUGAAAAGACCAACAACUCUCUGGAGAGCCUGUACAGCGGACAGAGUUCCUCCAGCUCAGGUAGUGUGGCCUGCCUCUCAAAUGGCUCCAGUACCAGAGACAGUCUGAGACUAGAAGAGGACGGCUCCUACAACGGACACUUCUGUGGUAGAGCACGGGUCCACACAGACUUUGUUCCCAGCCCAUAUGACACUGACUCCCUCAAACUCAAGGUUGGAGACAUUAUCAGCAUCAUCAGUAAACCUCCUAUGGGCAUAUGGACAGGGAUGCUGAACUACAAAGUGGGCAACUUCAAGUUCAUCUAUGUUGACAUGCUCAUGGAGAAAGAGAGAGAGGAGGAGGCGCCAAAAAUCAGACCUCAGAGGAUGAGCAAAAGACCACGACCAAAGACACUACUGGAACUACUGGAGCGUCUUCAUCUAGAGGAGUAUGCAUCUGCACUGCUUCUGAAUGGCUACCAGACAGUAGAGGACCUGAGGCACCUGCAGGAGAAACACCUUAUAGAGCUGAACGUGAUGAAUCCAGAACACAGAGGCAGGCUGCUGGCUGCUGCAGACUGCAGAUAUACAGAGAGCGAUGAUGUGAGGGAGAGUGAGGAGCCCUCUUCAUCACACAGCCUGAAGGAGGAGAAGAGUGACUGUCCCAGAGACUCAGGCUGUUUUAUUCCAUCAGAGUGCUCUGAAAACAGCAAAGAAGACACAGAGAGCCAACCAGUCACACGCUGAUAGGCUGCACUAUCCUAAUUAACAUACCAGUAUAAAAAGUUGAUUAACUAUUAUGUUUUGACUUGUAAAUUACGAUGGCUCACCAAGUUUGUCUCGUCUGUAUUUGGUUUAACAAGGUGCGAUUUCAUUAAUUAAAUGUUAAAUGUAGGCAAUUUUUCUUAAAACCGAUGAAUUUGUUCCUCCUUAUUUAUAAGCAUCCAUUUAUGAACCUUUUUCUUUAACCUAUUAAUUCACAUAAAGCACAGGGAUCAAACUCAUUCCACGGAGAGCUGCAGGUUCUCGCUCCCUACUUGCACUUGACUGAUGAAUUAAGGUUACUAAUUAGUAAGGAACUCACCUCACCUGGUUGUCUAGGGCUUAAUAGAAAGGGAAAAAACAAAACCUUGCAGUCACUAGGCCCUCCAUGGAAUGAGUUUGACACACCUGACAAAAUAUUUAUGACAAAUGAUAUCUUGUUUUUUUGUGUAUUGUGCUGGAAACUAUGACGUGUGUUUGGUUUUACUAUCAUUGUGGGGACCAGAGGAGGCUAUUUUAGGUUUAGGGGAUUAGGGUUAGAAGCUCGGGGUUAAGGUUUAAGGUUAGGGGUUAGGAAAAAUAUGAUUUUUAAUGGGAAUGAAUUGUUUGGUCCCAACACGGAUAGUAAAAUAAACGUGUGUGUGUGUGUGAGUGAGUGGGCAGGAGUUUGUACAUACAUUUUUUAACAUUCCUGGUUUAACAAAAUGUACAGACUUGUAGAACUCAAUAUACUGUAAUUGCAAUAUGUCACACAUUAAUAAAGUAUUUAUGCAUCAAUAGUCAUCUGUCA